CAAAUGGUCACAUUACUGCUAAUGAAAAGAAAAAAUUCCAAUUGAUCCAAAAAUGUGCCUAAAGUUUAUUAUUUUUGCGGCUCUUAUUUAUUUAGGGGCCAGUGAAGUGAUCAUUGGCCAGGACGAGCUAGUAGAUGAGGUCUCUGGGCUUUACACCAUUGAAGGCAGGGUAGCCCCGCCAGAUUCCAUUUUUCCGCCUGGCCAAGGUUCACCGGGGAGCAGGGGUGCUCCCAUGAGCAAGGAGACAUCCAAAUGGCAAACAGAUGUAUCUAUCACUAUUAAUGACGGCGAAUUCAAGGGAUUUGUCCGUGAGGAUGGCCAGUUCAUCAUCAGUGGAGUACCUUCGGGCAGCUAUAUACUAGAUGUCCAUCACCCUGACGUGUUCUAUGAACCUGUCCGCGUGGAAAUCAAUCCCAAAGGAAAGUUCCGUGCACGUAAAGUGAACUAUGUCCAACCGGCCCAGAUCAUGCAAGUACCAUAUCCUCUGCGAAUGAAGCCGCUGAUGCCGUUUAAGUAUUUCCAAACCAGGGAGCAAUGGAAGAUCACCGACUUCCUCUUCAGCCCAAUGGUUUUAAUGAUGGUACUUCCUCUUGUACUCAUGCUGGUGCUGCCCAAGAUGAUCAAUGAUCCUGAGACCAAGAAGGAGAUUGAUAACCUGCAGUUCCCUAAGAUGGGCAACGACAUGCCCGAGAUUAGCGAAAUGCUGACCUCUCUGUUGACCGGCAAACAGCCAGAGCCCAAAGAGAAGAAACCAGUACCCGCUGCCAGACAAACGAAGAAACGCAAAGAUCAGUAGCUAGCCAAGUCGCAAGCAGUGUUUAGCAUUAAGCCUAAAUAGAGCCAUAAGCUCGGAAGUCAGUUAGCUUGAGUAAAUAGUAAAUUUUCAUAGCAAUCCA